UAAUUCUUUCGAGACAUGAUGAUGAUAUGACCACACCCUCCAAUAGUUAAUUCUCAUCUCUAUAUAAACUCCAUCUCUUCCUAUACAAAAAUAUCAUAAUCCACAAGCAUUCAACAUAAUCCAGAGAGAUCAUAGAUAGAGAGAGAGAUAUGACUAGCAAGACUCCAUUCAGGAUGAGGUCGUUCAAGAGAGUUACAGAAGCAUUUGGUUACCAUGAAAAUACCAAUAAGGCACGUCUUUUUGAUAAUGGCCGAGGAAGAAACGAUAAUUAUCAACAUUCAUCAACUACCACUAGUAAUAACUCAUCACCUGAGUUAUCUGAUCUCAUUAAUGCAUUUAUGGAGAAAAAUGAGAAUGAAGACGACGAGAAUCAUGAGAUUAUUGAUUCUGAAGAAGCAGCUGAAAAUUACUCGCCCGUGGAAAUGCUGAAGAACUUGUUUGGUCAAAAAGAAGCCGAUGGUCCCAUUAAGCAAAAGAUUCUUCAAGUAGCAGAAGAAGUUUUCAACGAAACAACUUAUGCAGAUGGUUAUCAUCGUCAACAAGGUUUAUUUAAACGUAGUUUAGUGACCAGAUUGCGCGAAAGAGGUUUCGAUUCAGGUCUCUGCAAAACCCACUGGGAGAAAAUGACUAGGUUUCCAGCGGGUGAAUAUGAAUAUGACGAUGUUAUUGUUGGCGAUACUCGUUACAUUAUAGAAGUAGGAUUAGCUGGAGAAUUUACCAUAGCUCGACCAACGAACAAGUAUUUAUCGUUAUUAGCCGAGUUUCCACAAAUUUUUGUUGGUAAGCAGGAGGAGCUCAAACAGGUGGUGAUGAUAAUGAGUGAAGCUGCUAAAGAGUCCUUGAAGAGUAACGAUAUGCCUAUGCCACCAUGGAGAAGAAUCGAGUACAUGGAAGCUAAAUGGUUUAGCUCUUACAAAAGAGUUACCAACAUUAACAUGAUAUUGAAGCAAAGUGAUUCUAAGCCAGUGGCCGUGGUCGUGCCUACAGCCGUGUACCAUCACUACUGCAGAAUCGAGGUUUCAAGGGAGGUAGGAUUGAGUGUUGGGAAAUUGGCGCAAGCUCUCAGCAACGGAGUUAACAUUGGCAAUGGCAUGUAACAGCAAGUGUAGCUUAAUUUUAUUAGGAAGAGGAGAAAAAAAACUGUGACGGUUUAGUUCCGCCGAUAUUUCCAUUUUCUUGUGAUUCUGGGAUUGUAUGGACGUGACCUACAGCCAGCUGAUGUAUCAAUUCUGAAUCUAAUCUAUCAAUCAAAAUUAUGGCAAUGUAUAUCUAAAUUUAGCAAAGAACAGA